AUGGAGUACGUGAAACACCCCUCAGAGCUGGUGAUUCGUGAUUGGCUGAACACUGGCGGGUUAGGAAGCUAUAGCAGCAACAGCCCAAGUGACUCGAGGAGUGCACCCCCGUCCCCCAGUGCCCCCCAGGCUUCACCUGUCUCUUCCCCUGGGGUUACCCUCUCAAAAACCCCAUUCAGUUACGAGUAUAAUACACAAACACACGCACAAACCAAUCAGCUCAACCAGCAAUUUGAGCAGUGUAAUAUGAUUGACAAUUCACCAGGUUCAAGUAGUAGCUAUGCAUCAAGUGGGAAUGGCAAUCUUCAGCAACAGACGAGAAUGGACAUGAGCUUGGAGAGUAGUGGGGGCAGUGGGUAUGUUAGUAAUACAACUUCAUCAAGUCCAAGUGGGCCGCCACCAGCCUAUCACAUCUCAACCAGCCAAGCACACUCCCAGACUCUCUCACAAAAUGUCUCACAAUCCAUUUCACAAUCCCAUUCCCAGCCAACUGGUCCCCCUCCGCCAUAUCCCCUUCCUAGUCCAUCAUCACCAGCGCAUCAUCAACAACAACAGUCACAUCAGCAUCACCAAAAUCAACAACUUCAGCACCAGCAACAACAACAGCAGCAACAACAACAGCAACAACAGCAGCAGCAGCAACAGCAGCAACAACAACAGCAGCAGCAGCAACAACAGCAGCAACAACAGCAACAGCAGCAGCAGCAGCAGCAACAGCAGCAAACACAACAGCAGCAUCAUCAGUCCCCUACUCAUCACCCUCAUCACCCACCCUCUCCCGUCCAACCUAUCCCCUCCCAUCACCCUCCAUCACCUGGACAAGGUCCUCUCAGUCCAAACCAAGGGCUGUCGUCGAUACAGCACCCUCCCACGCCCCAGACACCUCAGACACCAACUUUCAUUCCGAGAGUUAUUCUUACGGCGCAUGAUGGCAACGAGAGUGAAGGCUUGCUACAUGAUGAUAUCAGUUUUGGUGAUGUGUUUGGUUCAGUUAUGCCAUAUGAACAGGGGUCCUUUGAGUCAGAUAUAUUGGAAAAUAUGAGCCGGCUUGAUGAGAGUGAAUUAAGCAUGAUGGUGGAUCAGGGAACAGUAGACCAGCUACUGGUAGAUCAAGAGACGGAGGAAAGUUUUCGCAGAGAUCAUCGCACCACAUCAUCCACCUCAUCUGGGCCCUAACCUUCGCUUCUUCAGGUUGAUUAUGUGGAAUGUUAAAACCCAUUGCCAAUACAGACACAACCAUGACUGCUGGUGCAUCAGCCAUCUUCAGCUACUAGCCACCUGUGUGAUAAUGUCUGUAGCUAUUAGAUUUACUCAAGUUUCACUCCUAUCACCACUGGAAUGCCGAAUGUAGGAAAUACAACUGUUUUGCUGCAGCAUCAGUUUUGUGAUUUCCAAGUAAUGGUGGUGUAUUUUUCUUGCUCCUUCCAUGGAAGUUUUGUGCAAAUAGUUUCUUUAUUUGAAAAAUAUAUUUGAUUCAUUAUAUUUUGCAGACUGAAUGAAAAAAGGUUAUUGAUAUUUUUUAUUGAUGCCGGUGCUUAUUUUCUCAUGCAAUAACUCACUCCAAAAUUACCUUGUCAGUUCACUUAUUAUAGUAAGGUACAUUUCUUCUUGUGCUACCAACAACAUUACUUAGAGUACUGCCAGUUGUUUCAACAUUUCCUGACAUUCUGCCUGCAAAUGAUGGAUGUUAUAUUGGGCUUUUUGUGACAAUUUACUCAUAGACAACCCUAUUAUAUGGAUGACAAGUUUCUCAUUACAGUUUCCAGCCCACUUAAGACUAUGGUCAAAUUGAUAGUAAAAUUACAAAGAAAAUAAUAGCAUACUGUAGACUUUAUUCAAGCAGAAGAUAGUUUCAUUUUAAAGUACUACUUCAAUUUGAUCAAUAGACAAGUCCUUCUCUUAUUAAAUUGAUCAAGUACACAUAAGCCUUAUAGAAGUGCUACAGGGGACCAUUUUCCUGAGCAUGUCAGCCGCUGCAAUUUCAAACUGGAUUUUUGCUUUAUUUGUUUUGUACUUAAUGGCUACUCCUUCCUUUGAUGAAUAUUUAGUGCUUCAUACAGUCCUUUUUUCUUCUCCUCUUCCUUCACUCUUAAUUUUCCUCUAUGCAUAUGCACAUGAUAAAACCUCCAUAUUUUGCCAUGAUAAAUGGUUCAGGCUAUGCUAGAUGGUGGCAAAUUCAGGGUAAAACACUAAUUGAGAAUAAUGGUAUAGAUAUGACUUGAAUUAUCUAUGAACAUGUUUCAUUGAAAGUUAUGAUGGAAUUGAUAUUGGUUCAGCCUUGAACUAUUGAGGUGUGACCUGUUAUAUCUAUGGUUUAUUAGAAAAUUACUUCACCCCUAUCUGUAAGAGUGAAUGUCAAUUUUGUUAGUUUAUUAUUUUUAGAAAUCUGAAUAAUUAACAUACUGGAAACAAAUCACUUUAAAGGAAGAACCAUAAGGCUUUGAGUUAUUUAUAGGGGUUUUACAGUGCUUGUGCAAAAACUUGAACACUCACACUCUCACUCUCACUCUCACUCUCACUCUCACUCUCACUCUCACUCUCUCUCUCUCCUCUCUCUCUCUCUCUCUCUCUC